AUGGAAUACUCAAAAGGCGAAGACCAAAACUCCCAUGGAAAGACCAAAUGGAAAAGACAUAUCGAAACUGGUGGUCAGAGAUUGAAAAAAAAGAGCAGUAGAUCGCAGCGUUUUGGAAAUCCAUUCUACGUUCGCCUAGUGGAACAAAAUUUGUGGUCUAGUGUGGCGAUAGCAUCAUUUCUCUCAGGCAGUUUUCGUUUAACAUAUAAAAUAAAGUCAUGGCAAGAAAGAGGUCAGCAUUAUCUAGCAAGCAAUCCCAUCCUAAACAUAUCAAACGAAAAUGGUAAGAAACCAAAGAAAUUUCUCAUAGUGGCCCUAGCCUUAUGCGCCAGCGCUUUAGCUGAUGUCUCCGAAUUGGGAUACAACUAUGAACAACCUGCUGCAUCAGCUCCGGUGCAAUCGCAUGCUGUUGCUACCACACAUUCGUAUGGUGCCCCAGCUCAAUCUCAAUCUCAGGGUCAUGGUCAUGCCGCUCAAGCUCAUGCCGCUCCAGCACCAGCUGCUUCCUACUCCCAAGCUGUGCAUGCACCUGCUCCAGUUCAGGCUCAUGCUCCAGCUCAGUCUUAUGGUGCACCAGUGCAAUCCCAUGCCGCACCUGCUUCCGCUGCUAUCCACUCCCAUGCUGCCCAUGCUCCCGCCCAGUCUCAUGGUGCCCCAGCCCAAUCCCAUGCCGCCCCAGCUCCAGCUCAAGGAUAUUCCUACUCUGCAUCGGCUUCAAGCGGUUCUCAAGCUUAUGCUGCUGCUCCCAGUGAAUCACAUGUAGCUCAUGCUCCCGCUCAAACUUAUGGUGCUCCAGUUGCUGCUCAAACUCAUGCUGCCCAUGCUCCUGCACAAAGCUAUGCUGCUCCCACUCAAUCUCAAGGUCAUGCUCAAGUUCAUGCCGCUCAGUCUUAUGCUGCACCUGCUCCCGCUGCCCAUGCUCCCGCUCAAAGUUAUGGAGCUCCUGCCCCAGCCCCCGCUGCAUCUUACUCUCAGGCUACCUCAGCUUCUCUCGCUACCCAAAGCCAUGCCGCGCCUGCUCAAUCCUAUUCUGCUCCCGCUCCAGUUGAGUCCUACAAUCAUGCCGCUUCUGCUACUUCUUCUGUUGCCACCGAUGGCGGUCAUGAUCUGACCAAUGAGGGUUAUUACAAAAUUGUUGUUGAAAGACACUAUUUGCAAACCAACAUACAACAACAAUAUAUCCAUAAGCAAGACAAAAAACCAUCUAAGCAGCCCACACGCAUGUGCUUUGCUACGGGUGGUGGUGUUAAAAAUGUUAACAAUUUUGGUGCCGCAGAGUAUUGA